UGUGAUGAGGGAGGUAAACAGCUGAGUCUGGCCGCAGCAGUACAGCGGGGGUCUGUGGUGUUGAACGGGGUCGCAGGGCUGAGCAGAGGGAGCGGGGUUCGCGGGGUUUGAGGUCAUGGAGCCGCGGUUUGAGAGGGGAGGGCCGCUGUCUCCGUUGGAGGAGUCCAGCGCGGAGGUCAGCAGAGACAGCGGCGUGGUGUCUCAGAGCGCCAGCAGCCUGUCGAUGGUCAGCGAGGCCCUGAGCAGCGGGGCCGUGUCCCAGAGUCCCAGCUUCGGGGGGAACGUGUCCCAGAGCCCGAGCUUCGGUCCCGCCGUACCCCAGAGCCCGAGCUUCGGCCAGGGGGCGGAGCUGGAGCCGCAGACAGCCCCGGAACCCAACGAGCAGGACGACGAGCUGCUGAAGAGAACAGCCCUCAGCUUCUCCUCAUACAUCCGAGCCAGCGCUGGAGAGGAGGUCAUCUGCCUGGAGAAGAGUCUAGAAGAAAUGCUCACUCGAGUGGAUGAGUUUGUAGGGAUGUUGGACAUGAUUCGCAAUGACACGUCUCAGAUAGUGAACAUCAGCCUGCCUCAGAUUCACCGAAAAUCUGAAGACAUGAGAGAAAUUUACAGAAAAAUCGACAAGUUGGAGGCUUUUGUGAAGAUGGUUGCAGCCAAUGUGAAUGCCAUGGAGGAGCAGGUUACCCAGGCAGAAGGGGAAGUCAAGACACUACCAGGCACUUUCAAAAAGAUUUUUCGGACAAUGAGCGUCCCUGGAUUUUUGAACAAGUCUGCCAGCCCCAAAAGAACACCGCAGCAGCACCAAGAGCUUCCCACCGUAUUCAGGACUGAUGAUUACUUUAAAUCUCACCCUGAGCAGUGACCCCAACUACUGUAGCAUUGACCUCAAAGGUCCAAGGCCCUGCCAAGGUCAGAACUUCACUGAGACACAGUCCAGCCUGGAGUGUAAUGACUGCUCUGUCAGACAGACACUUGUCUUCAACAGCAAUAUGAACACGGUACUGGAGAACACUGAGUUAUUCUAACGGCACCAGAUCACAGCCAAGUGCUAUUUUAGUAGACUGUUUGACGGCAGCUAGUUUUAUAACCAAAAACCUUUUUAUUUCAAAGAGCAUAUUUUGUUUAAAGUGCCUCUCGUGGAAACUGAUAUUUUAUGUUCACCUGACUAAAAGAAAAAGAGAGAGAUGGUCAUCAGAUUAUGAGUGGCAGUUUCUGGGGGUUUUAUUAGGUUUGUAUAGUUUUAUAGUGUUGUUGUCCUUUUGAUCUUGGUCUCUUUUUUUUGCACAAUUAAUACCACAGUUGCUUGACUGGUGUUGUUUUCACUUGUGUCUCUAAUUUACAAGUCUGUCAGAUGCUGUGAUAUAAUGAUGUGAAGCUGCGGUUGCUAGCGGCUUUUCAUCAUAAUUUAUGCUACGCUCUCCUGGCUAUGAAACAUGCAUUGAGUGAGCCAUGUCCUUUUAUAUUUUUGGUCAUUAAUCUAUUAAUUAAAUCAGUAUUUACUUCUUCUGA